AUGGAUUUGCAUAAACUUCUCGACAAUGCUUCCUCGCCCACAGCGUAUAUUCGACCCGAUCAACAACAUCCGCGGCAAUCGCCUUGGUCUUCUACAGUCGAGGCUAACAUGCUGCCCUCCUUUUCGACGUUAGCGAAAAGCGUUGACCAUGCAACAAACGAUGAUAUAUAUAUUCAGGAGAUCGAUCCGUUCAAGCAGCAUCAUGUCACCGUGACGCCCCCCACGUGCCCAUCUGUGACCAUCGUCAAUCAAAUCAUUCACAUGCCAGCUUCAGCCAGAAAAUGA